AUUAUUUAAUUCUUAAAUAGAGGUACCCAGCAAUGUGAUACCCGCGUAGUGUGUUUUUCCAUUUAAAAGACGAGCAUUUUUCAAUUAAUUAAUCACGCGAGGAUCCAAAUCCAAAAAAAUCAUGGAGCAGUUGUACUACCUCACCCUUGUGCUACUGUUUGUGUCCUUCGUCUCUGUCUCUUUUUUCAUCAUUUUCUACAGGCAUCGUUCUCCGUUCAGCGUCCCCAACUUGCCGCCGGGGAAGGCGGGGUUUCCGGUGAUCGGCGAGAGCCUGGAGUUUCUGUCGGCGGGACGGAAGGGGCUUCCGGAGAAGUUCUUCUCCGAUCGCAUGACAGAGUACUCUUCCAAAGUGUUCAAGACCUCCAUCUUAGGGGAGCCUACAGUGAUUUUCUGUGGAGCCGCAUGUAACAAGUUCUUGUUUUCUAACGAGAACAAACACGUCAUUUCGUGGUGGCCUGAAAAUGUCAAGAAGUUGUUCCCAACGAAUAUUCAAACAAACUCUAAGGAAGAAGCCAAGAAGUUGAGAAACAUUCUCCCUCAGUUCCUCAGCGCCAAAGCCAUCCAACGUUACGUUGGUAUUAUGGACACUGUUGCCCAAAGACACUUUGCUCUGGAGUGGGAGAACAACACCCAAGUCACCGUAUUGCCCUUGGCCAAGAGGUAUACCUUUGGGGUGGCUAGCCGUGUGUUCAUGAGCAUUGAUGAUUUGAAUCAAGUGGCGAAAUUGGCAGAACCUUUAAAUCAGGUGAAUGCAGGAAUUAUAUCAAUGCCCAUUAACUUCCCCGGAACUGUGUUCAACCGAGGAAUCAAGGCCUCCAAGUUCAUUAGGAGGGAGCUGUUGAGGAUUGUCAAGCAGAGGAAGGUGGAACUAGCUAAUGGAAUGUCCACACCAACACAAGACAUUUUGUCUCACAUGCUAAUAUAUUGUGAUGAGAAUGGACAAUAUUUGGCUGAACAUGAUAUUGUCAACAAGAUCCUUGGCUUGCUGAUAGGUAGCCAUGAAACCACAAGUACUGUUUGCACUUUCGUUGUCAAAUACCUUGCCGAGCUCCCUCAAAAUAUUUAUGAAAAUGUCUAUCAAGAACAAAUGGCGAUUGCAAAAUCCAAAGCUCCAGGAGAGUUGUUGAAUUGGGAUGACAUCCAGAAGAUGAAAUAUUCAUGGAAUGUAGCUUGUGAAGUAAUAAGGCUUAACCCUCCAGCCCAAGGAGCUUUUAGGGAAGCCAUCAAUGACUUUAUCUUCGAUGGAUUCUCAAUUCCAAAAGGCUGGAAGUUGUAUUGGAGUGCAAAUUCAACUCACAAAAAUCCAGAGUACUUCCCUGAGCCAGAGAAAUUUGAUCCAAGCAGAUUUGAAGGAACUGGACCAGCUCCUUAUACUUAUGUGCCAUUUGGUGGAGGGCCAAGUAUGUGCCCUGGAAAAGAGUAUGCGCGAAUGGAACUAUUGGUGUUCAUGCACAACUUAGUGAAGAGGUUCAAGUGUGAAACUCUUUUUCCUAAUGGAAAUGUUACUUAUAACCCUACGCCUAUUCCUGCCAAGGGCCUUCCUGUUCGUCUUAUUCCUCACCGAUCAUGAAGGAAUUAAUUAUAUUUGGAUGGGUGAACCUAUGUCAACUCUUAUGCAGAAACGGUAUGGCAUAAAGCCUGCCCAAUGUCAGCAAUUGCAUUUUAGUUUGUUAUUUUUUAUUAAUUGUUUGAUCAAGUUUUUAGGAUUAGUUGUUUUAUUUUCUGUUACUUAAUAGUUGUUAUGUUAAUGGUUAGUUAUUGUUAUGUUAGUAGUUUGUUAUUGUUAUGUUAUUGUUUGGUUAUUAUUUAGCACAUCAGUAAUUAUUACUUCUUUUUGUUCCAAUAAAUUGUAUUUAAACAGAUGAUCAUUUAAUAGAAAAGUGUGUACUUAUCUCCUUUAUUUUAUAACA